CGAAGCACCGCCCCUAGGGUUGUCCGCCCAGUCCCUGCGGUUACCCGGAUGUAGGAGGUGAGCGGAGAACGUCAUUGUUCACACACACACUACCCGGCAGAGAGCGGAGAGAAAUGGAAGAAGCCGGGGACUCCUCGUGGCUAUAAUUCGGGUCCGCUCGCUCAGACUGAACACUGAAGGAUGAAUACUUCAAGGAAAGCAGGAGCCAGUGGCACAAGGAACACAUCAGAAUAAUAGCGAUGUCAAACCAUGACUAUAAUUGAUAAAGUUUCUCCAGUGAGUGCAACAUGCCAGAACCAGCUUUGCAAGUCCAUUUCACCAUCUUCUGGAGAAAUAGAAACAGGUUCGACAACUUUGGGCGUAGUAUCAGCCUUAGCUAAAACGUCUCUUGGACCAGUACCUGGUGCUGCCGUCUAUUCAAGCUCAUCUGUUCCUGAAAAGCCCGUGCCUUCGGAGCAGAAUGAUCCACCAUUGGCAGUACCAGGGGAUGGCGUUGGCACACCAGAAAAGAUUAUUUUUCCUGCAGAGAAAAUAAGGCUGAAAUGGCAGCGAAUGCAGAAGGUUGGAGCUGGUCUCCAAAAUCUUGGCAAUACAUGCUUUGUCAACUCUGUGCUGCAGUGCUUAACUUACACUGCACCUCUUGCAAACCACAUGCUGAGCCGCGAGCACGCAAAGACAUGUCGGGAGCAAGAUUUCUGUAUGAUGUGUGUUAUGCAGUCUCACAUCGUUCAGGCUUUGUCCAACACGGGCAAUGUCAUCAAGCCAACGGGUGUUAUUAAUGACUUAAGACGUAUUGCAAAACAUUUCCGUUUGGGGAGUCAAGAGGACGCUCAUGAAUUUCUUCGUUAUACUGUAGAUGAAAUGCAAAAAUCUUGUCUCAAUGGUUACAUCAGCUAUGGCAGACGUACACAAGCAACUACUUUUAUACAUCAAGUAUUUGGUGGUUGUCUGCGAUCUCGAGUAAAAUGUCUGAAGUGCAAAUCGGUGUCCGAUACAUAUGAAGAUUGCCUUGACAUCGCACUGGAGAUAAAGGCUUCACAUAGUAUAAACCAAGCUCUGGAAGAGUUUGUAAAAGCCGAACAGCUUGAAGGCGACAACGCAUACAAAUGCAGCAAGUGUAAUCAGUUGGUUACGGCAACAAAGAAAUUUACAAUUCAUAGAACAUCUAAUGUCCUGACUCUGUCUUUGAAAAGAUUUGCAAGUUUCAGUGGAGGAAAACUUUCAAAGGAAAUUAAAUACCCAGAAUACCUUGACAUCCGUCCAUACACCUCUCAUCCAAAUGGAGAUGCACUUGUAUACAAAUUGUAUGCUGUACUUGUACACAGUGGCUUUAGUUGUCAUACUGGACAUUACUAUUCAUAUAUAAAGGCUAGUAAUGACCAGUGGUACCUUAUGAACGAUUCUAUUGUGUCUAGCGCAGACAUCAGGACAGUCCUCAAUCAGCAGGCAUACCUUUUAUUCUACAUCAGAUCCCAAAAUGUUCCUAGUGGUGAUGCAUCGUAUGCUCUCCAGUCAGCCAGCCCUAAUUCCCCGCAACCCAGCUGCAGUCAGAGGGCAAGUGUUUCCAAAUUUUUGUUUGUAGGACCUCAGCAGAUCAUUAAGAAUGUGAAACACAUGAAUGGGAAUCGGUCACCAAAAUCUUCAGUAAAUGGUCCAGUUCUAAACAAUAAUUGUGCUAACGUUAAAAGGCCAAUGGGUGGACUGCCAGUCAACCGGCAAGUGUCGAUUAACUCAACAGUCAAAAAACAAAAAAUUACCAUCACUAUAAACAAGCCGCAUCCUGUUCUUCAAGGACCAUCCUUUCACGAUUCUCCCAAUACUGAGUCUGCAACUAGUGCAAGCUUGACAUCUACUACUACUAAACCAUGUCCAAUGCAGUCUACCUCAAGUGUCCCUACACAAUCCGAAUCAAAGCAUGCACCAAUCAGGUUGAACCGUGGAACUUUAGUCAAUGGCAAGUCUAAAGUAACAUCCAACUUGUUAGUUCCUUAUGGUACAGAAUCUUCUGAAGAAUCUGAAGAAGAACAGAAAGGGAUACGCAAGAGAAGAUGGAGUGGGAAGUGUACAGAUGGAGGGGUUUCAGCAAACGGUCUUGGUGCACCUACAGAUAUGCUAGACAGGACUGACCGUUUGAAAGAGGAAUCUGUAACACCUUUAGAAUCCAGUCCAGCUAAUCGGGUUGAGCUCACUAAUCAUGGCACUUAUGAACCAUCAAUGUCCUGUUCCCACAAUGGCGAAAAUCAUGUAGGAUCUAAUACAUCUGUUUGCGUCUGUGAAAUGUCUAAGGAUACUGAAUCUUCAUACGUUCUGGUCACAGAGAACACCGCUACAACAGCAGCUUCACCACCAAGCUAUGCAUGUGAAAUUACAGCAUCAGAGCAGAGACCCCAGCUGCAAACAGAAAAGGCUGUGAUAAAACCAGAAAUCCCACCGAACGAGGAGACUAGCAUCAGGUUAAUGGACGCUGAGAACGUUGGAGAGAACAAGUCACUACCACAGUCUUCUGGAUCCUCAGAAGACCACAAAAGGAACGGAGAUAGACGGUCACAAAGCUUUGACAGAUCCAAACAUGACCGAUAUAGGUCGUCGGAUAGGGAAAACAGACACAGGGAAAACUCCAGUAGUGGACACUACAAACACAGAGACUAUGAUAGGCCGCGCUCUAGAAGCAGAGGGAGAACUGGAGAUCGCUAUUCAUAUAACCAUUCUAAAAGGGAUCGAUCAAGAAGCAGGGAGAAACACAGAAGACAUUAUUCUCCUUAUAGAGAUCGAGGGCAUUAUGAUAAGGACUAUUGGGCCUGCAAAGACUACAAAUCUGGAUGGGCCAACAAUAGCAGGGGGCGUGAUCAUGGCUAUAACUUCAAAUACAGCAAUCACUUUUAUUCACGUAAUUUUGAGCCCUAUCACCACAGAAAACCUAACGGUUACUCCAGCUACCAUCAAGAUUAUGGAAGCUCGAAAAAAAGAAAAUACCAUCACGAUGGCAGUUUAGGAGAGGAAGACUAUGAACGUGGCUUUAAACGCCACCGCUCACCUUCCGACUGGUCACGAGAACGAUGAGAAUGAAGCACAUAGCACACGUUGACUCCUGGAAACACUGGAUUGAAGACUAUUUGAGCACAUCUUGGCAAAAGCCAUGAAUGACUCUUUCAAACAGUUAGUAAUGCCCUCUGUUAACAACCCAAACGUGUCAACACCUUCGCAACGAGCUGAAGUCUCUAUCAUGAACCAUCGGUGGUCGCUCCCCCUUUCUCAGUACCAGGCAUCAUUUUUUUUAUUUUCCACUAAAAGCUUUUGCCGUUAUCCCUCUAAUACUUCAUACUUGGAUGUGGUGGCUAUGAUGGAUUUAAAAACCCAACAUUAACUCAUUGGCUUAGUAAUUUGUUUUUCCAGGUUGUAGUCAACGUACUAUCAACGAUGUGCAUCAUGGUCAAUUGACUAAAGACCAACGCAACUACCCAUUCCUCUCGGUGUGUAAAAGCGAACAAAUUUAUUGGAAUUCGUGUUUCACAAAUCCAUGUGAAAAACUUUACCACAAGUAUUUUUGACAUUGUUUCCUUAUGUUUUAGACAUGUCAUCAAAUCUAAAACUCAAGCGCAAAACCCUUUUUAUAUUUUUUUUUGGAGUUUAGUCCCAUGUUAAAUUGGAAACAUCCUGGAACAUGUGCUCUCAAAUGCUGCUUUCUAAGAGACUCAGGAUUAUUUGUGUACUACACAGCAUGUAUUCUUUCCCCAUGCUACACCUUCAUAGAAGCUUGAGGAAUCAUUGUAUUUUCCAUCAAAUUUUCUACUUCUAAAUGACCGAACGUUCCAAUUAAAAGCCAGGGGUUUAUAUUUGGAGAAUUUUAUCUCCAGCUUCUCGCUCCCCCUUUUCUGUGUUUGUAUGUAAAAAUUAUACUUGCUUUACAUACACAAUUCCAAAAAAAACAGGAAAUUGUCACUUGUGAAUGUUAAUUUGUCGUCUUUAAACAUGAUCGUUUUAUUUUUUUAUUUAAUUUCAUGGACCUACAAAACCCCUUUUCUGUUGAAGAUGUUUUAAGUGGGUUACAGGUUAUUCUAUUUUAAUGCUCAGCAACUCAAUACUUCAUACUGUGAUUUUAUUUAAAUACUACAUCAGAAAAGAAGUUUAAAAAAAAUGGCAAGUUUAUAAUUUUCACUCCUGCAUCAGGAGCCCGAAAAAUGUAUUACAUUAGUUAACUGCAUAAUCUAUUGUUUAUGCGUGAUGAAUAUGUGUCCAGUUUCAUAUAUAUAUGAACAAGAAAAAAAGCUUCAUCUGCGGAGAGCUCCACAGCUGAUGUAGCAUGUCAGAUUUAGUAUAUAAACACUGUUUAAACUAAA